AUGCGGGAGAGGGCGAGACUAGGAGAACAGUGGCAUCGUCUGCCCCUGUGGGACAGAAGGGUGGACCUAGAGGCCCCUGUCUAUGACACCACCUGCCUGGUCCCCCAGCCCCAGACCAAGCUGUACAAGCGGUGCUGGAUCAUGCUCUUCAUCUGUAGUGCAUACUCCAUGAGCAACUCCUUCAUGUGGCUACAGUAUGGCAUCAUCAGCAACAUCUUCAUGCGCUUCUACUCCAUCGACAGCUUCUCCAACAACUGCCUCUCUAUGAUCUACUUUCUCAUCUACUUCCCCCUCAUGUGGCUACCUGGACAACCGUGGCCUCCGGGAUGUGGUCUGGAUGGGCUUAGCCUUCAACUGCAUCGGGGCCUGGAUCAAGACGGGAACGACCUCCCCAAACAUGUUUGCUGUCACCUUCUUUGGCCAGUUUGUGUGCUCUUCGGCCAUGAUGAAGUCUCCACAGCUUGCUCAAUUGGAGUCCUUGGAAAACCAGGUGUGUCCACGUUUACCCAUAAAGUUCAGAUGCUCUUGGCCAUUCAGGUGUGUGUGCAAAUGUGUGUUUACAUACUGUAGAUAUAAGGAGUGUGUGUGUUUGUGUGUGUGUGUGUGUGUGUGUGUGUGUAUGUGUGCGUGCGUGCAUGCGUUUGUGUGCGUGUUUGUUUGUUUGUGUCAGUGAGAGUCUCAUCUCUAAUAUGGUUUUCAGAUCCAUUUUGAGUGAUGAAAAUAAAUAAUUGUUGAGUUUAAACAGUCUAUAUCGUUUUCUUGAACGACUUACUUGUUCUGUCUGAAGAGCCUGUGUUCUUGAGAGCACUGAUUCCUGCCCUCUCGUAGUAAUCUGUUAUUUUUGAAUCAGCAGGUUUAGGAAGAUAAUUAUUCUCCUUGCCAGAGGAAUACUGCUGAAUACUGCCUCCUCAGCCUUCAGCAAGGAAAUUAAUCUCAAAUUAUAGAGACUGACACUUCUAAUGUGCCCAGUACUGCCCACUUACUAAGUAUGUGGGAAAUCAAAGUAACAGACUAGACUAGGUGUACGAAUACUGACAAUGGUGUGUGCUCUACUUACAGCUUAGCCUACAUUCAAAGUAGUCAGACAUUUGUCAGGUCAGGUGUUUUCAAGACAAUCUUUGUUUUUGAUCUCCUGUUUCAACAUAUCCCACAUACAGUGUUUUAAACAUGUCUGCUCUGUGGUGUUUAGCUUGAAAUAUUUAAGAUAAGAAUUGUUACAUAAACAAACAAUAUAUGUGGCCAAAUUAUUAAUAGUGAACCUAGGAUUACAGGAACGAUGUGAUGACAGCAAGCUAAAUAUGGCAAAGAAUCCUCCUGGACAUGGUCCAUAUUACUCAAUCAAAGAUUAUACAUAUUAGAGACUCGGCUCCUAUUUGUAAAUCAGACAAUUUAAUUUGACAUCUUCUUCACAACAGAUUCAUCUGAGGGUCAUAAUGGAAAUGUAACAUAUAACAGGUGUUGCAAUAAAACCUCUCACUUUUGGAAAGGGAGAGCGGGAGGAGGCCUUAAGAACAAGCGAUAAGUCUCUAACUACAGUUAAAGUCAGGCUGAUGCGUUUUAUAGUAUUGUUCAAAUGAUUUCUGUUAUGUUUGUGUGUGGUUUGUUCUUCCUAGCCUGGGGGAUGGCGGGUGACUUCCACUACUCGAACCGUCUGCUUUCGAGCAAGCUCCUACGGCUUGGGUAAAUUAACUGUACAAAAAUAAGAUUAUAACAUUGAGAAUGCUGUCUUCAUGGCAAGUUUAACUUGAAGUUCAAGUUAGUAGGGGAUGUUGUGGAGGGUGUGUGUGAUUAUUUGUUUUCAACAGGACCUUAGGAUAGUGCAGCGCAAACAUAUUUAGACAGAAGACAUAGUCAGACUGAUCUGCGCAACUGCAACAACAGGCUAUAUCAGUACGUUCCCCGUCAUAUGUUCCCUGUCAUAAGUUGAAUGCACCAAUUUGUAAGUCGCUCUGGAUAAGAGCGUCUGCUAAAUGACUUAAAUGUAAAUGUAAAUAUGGUCUCUAGUUUCAAUUCACUCUUGAUGUGAACACGUAACUAUAGACUUUGGCAGGAUCAUUCUUAGGCAAUUAGGCAAUAGGGUCCCAUUAAAAUGAUAUUGCCGUGCUAGCACAGCAUGAGGAGAACCACUAGAACAGGGGUUCCCAAUUACAUUCAGCCAUAGGACGAUUUUUCCUUGAGCGGAUUGGUCGGGGGGCGGAACAUAGUAAUAAAGAAUCCCAAACAGAUAGAGUAUUUGACAAAAACAGAAUAAUUUCAAACCUUGAUUACAUUGGGAUACGAUCACAUAUGCCUCUCUAUUUGUACGUGGGAAUGCUUGGGAACAGAUUUCGUAAAUUAAAAUCAGUUUGAGAUGAUUUCCUGGUGACUUUUCAAUCUUUUAUGUCCCAAAAAAACCGAAACAUGGGGGCCAAAUAAAAUCACCUGUGGGCCUCCCGAGUGGUGCAGUGGUCUAAGGCACUGCAUCGCAGUGCUAGAGGCGUCACUACAGACCCAGGUUCAAUCCCAGGCUGUGUCACAGCCGGCCGGGACCGGGAGACCCAUGAGGCGGCGCACAAUUGGCCCAGCGUGGUUAGGGGAGGGUUUGGCCGGCCAGUUGUAUGGUGUUUCCUCCGUAACUAUUGGUGUGGCUGGCUUCUGGGUUAAGUGAGCAGUGUGGCUUGGCAGGGUUGUGUUUCGGAGGACGUAUGCCUCUUUUGAGUCCGUGCGGAAGUUGCAGUGAUGGGACAAGACUGUAACUACCAAUUGGGGAGAAAAAAGGGGUAAAAAGUACACAAUAAAAAUAAAAAUAUUUACCCGUGGGUCGGAUUUGUCCCGCUGGCCACCUAUUGGGGAACCCUGCACUAUAAUUAUCUCUCAGCACAUUCUAAGUUGCUUUGACAAUUCUUGUCACCCUUGGGGAAAGCCUUGGGUAUGGAUAGUGUUGACCAGCCUGAACCACCUGUCAUCAUUCACGGGAGGUAUAAUGGUCUGACAUGUACACAUUCAGAUGGAUUGAAUAUCCUACUAUGGAGUACCACACAAAUGCCCUCCAACCUCUGAAGCCAAACAGUUAAUUUUUCUUUCACUUGAGUCUCACGCAGUCAGAGCUUUUUUUAAACACUUCAUACCGUUCAUUGUUAAGCAUGUUUAUUGUUAUUUGACUCAAUCCCACCUUCAGUUCCUUCGCUUUUAUGUAGAUGAAAGGCCACUUUGUUUUGUUCUUAAUAUUAACAAUUACCUAUUUUUCGCAUAGUUAUUUUAACCUCUGGCUCUGAUACCUCUCCUACUGCUUUAAAGUUUGACAUGAUUUUCAUUCAAACAAACGUUUCAUGUAAAAGCUGAUAGGAUCAGGACUUCUGUAGGCAUACAUAGCGUGGAAAAGGAAUGGUAUUUCGGAAGUUGUUUUGAAAAGGUUGAUAUGGGGAACAUGUUAGAGGUCCAUUGUAAUGCAUUAAGAUGGACUGGUACAAACCUUUUCUUUUAGAAUGUUGAGUAUGAAAUGCAUAAGACCUUAAGUUUGCUCUGAUGUUUCUUUAAGGAAAUGAUUGCGAUUGAGCAAAGAUCACACUUCAGUUAUUCUGUUGUAGGAAUGCUGAUCUUUCAAAUGCUCCUGUGAGUCUGUUACUAAGCUAUCCCUCAGGUAAGUUCAUAAAAGUUAUAGUGAUGUAGUAUUGACAUUUUGUGCAGUGAAUUCCCUAGAGGGUAGUUGCAGGAUAAGAGUGUCCCCAGCAACGAUGAGGAAGCAGCAUGCUGGGACGGUGACGGGGAGAUGUCACAUUUAUCAAAGUCAUUGCAUGCCACACACACUCUGGUCCUCCUUCAAGGAGCAUGCCUCUGUCACCUCUUGCCCUUGUCUCAAUUUCACCUUUCCCCUAGAGCCGUGGGACCUUGUCUGAUGUAAUUUCUGGAAUGUUGAGGCUCUAGGAAAAUGAGGACAUGGGCACAUGGCAUUCAAAUUUGGAAGGUUUAGCAACCCUCAAUGUCCAAAAACCACCACAAUUGUUGCCAGACAGUAGGGAGAGGGGUAAAUAUAAGCCAGUUGACAAGGGGGUUGUAAAAGACACAAAGAUACUUCAUCCUCAAGCACAUUUCUGGACUACCAAGAAAUAUGGCCCUGCCUUUAAAAUAUGGCCCUGACAUUAACUUUACGACUUGCCACACUCACUUUUCUGUACUUUGUACGGACUCAUGUCAACACCUAAUCAAGCAUGUGUUUUUGCUGUGUCUGCAAUAGCUGAUUUAUUUACUGUCACUCUAACAACUGUCACUCGAACAACUGUCAAGCAGUAUAGCCAAUGCUCUUAGCGGUUCAUUAACAUAUAGGACUGUUUAAACAUUUCACGCUUUACUUAAAGUUAUAGUGUGUCUAUAUGUUUUCGAUAAGCAAAGCAGUCCACUGAAAGUUAUUUUAAGUGUCAUUUGUGUUUUCUUUUAUGCCUUAAAUCCCUUUUUUGUGCUUUUCCCUUAAUAAUGUUGCUUUAUAUGUGUGUGGAGGUGUGAAGGGAGGAGUCAUUGACUGAUCAUGUAUUUUUGUCUCCCUCACUUACAGUUGGGCAUUGCCAUUGGCUUCCUGGUGCCGCCCAUCCUCGUGCCAAAUGUUGACGAUAUGGAUGAGCUGGCAUACCACAUCAGCAUCAUGUUCUACAUAACUGCUGGAAUGGCCACCGUGAUCUUUAUCCUCGUGGUCUUUGGUAAGUCCUGGCCAUUCUAAUACAUACAGUAUGGCCUAUGGCUAACACACAGAGCUGGUCAGUAGUUACUCCUUCCUAAGCUCAUUCCCAUUAUAAAUAUAGCUCUUUCAGUCAUUAUGAGCCUUGAGGUGUUGAAUUCAUUACAUUUUAAUGUCAGUAUUUCCUCUCCCCUGGGAUUGUCUAUGUAUCAACAACUCAUAAUAAACGGAGCCACGGCCCAUAACCUUGUGACCUUGUUUUCAACUUGCAUCAUUGUAAGAUAAUUUUUAAACGGGGACACUGAGAGCUCCGCUUUGGCAGUUUGAAUAUGAUUACAUUGCAGCAUUGCAUCUCCGGGGCUUAUCAUUGGGUCUGCAGUUCUGUAGUCUCCUGUCCUGGAUGUCUACUUGUCCCUGGCAGUCAUGUUCUCCUGGCAGUGUUGGUGGAUAGGUCAGCAGUCUCAGGGAUUAGUGCGUGUUGAGAUGUGCUCUGAACAGACCACUCAAUGUCUCUUCACUCACUUGCUGUGGCUACCACAUGGCUGCAAUCUAUGUAAUUGACCGUGGUUUGAGGAGCUCGUUGAACUGCCUUUUAAAGACCAGGUCAUCCCACUUCCUAUUUGUGGCCUCCCAUGUUUUGUUGAAGGAGGCACAUUGGGCAAGCUUAGACAUGGAACCUGGCCUUAGAAGAAGAACUGGAGCCAUGGUGGGAGGCAGUGGGCAGAUAGUGGCCUGGCCAGCAACACUGUUGCAAUUAGGGGAUAGGAUGCAUAUUUUAUUUAUUUCCUAUCUUUCGGCUAUAGCUAUUGGAUUUCUCAGUCAGAUGAGGUUUGCUGCUGAGUGGUUGAUCCCACCUCAAACUGCUACUAUAUAUCCCUUGUGACUCUGUAUUCAACAUUUCUUUAUUCUGAGAAUGAAACUGAUACAUACUGUGUGUUCAGUCUGUAAGUCUUUAAACAAGCAGGAAUCUGUUUCUCAAAGGCCCUAAGAUCAACCAAUGUUUGAUAUAAAGGUGUGUUUAAACAUUAUUAUUAUUAUAUUAUUAUUAUUAUUAUUAUUAUUAAACAAACAGGCAAUGUAGAUCACAGUGUGCUGAUGUCGUGGCUGUACUGUGUGUCACCCAUCUGUGGUUAUGACUGUGAGCUGGGUGCUGUGAGAUAUCUGAUGCUUUUUGAAGCCCUCUGUUAGCUUGGUGCUGUAAGAUAUCCAGGGUUUGGAAGGUUACUUUCUAAAUGUAAUCCGUUACAGUUACUUACAGAGAGAGAGAAAGAGAACGCAUGGGAUGGCCAUUAGCAACAAAAUUGUGAAAGCUUGGCCAUCACCUGUCCAAAAUUGUAAUCAGUAAAGUAAUUACCCAAACUCAAUUACGUAAUUGGAUUACUUUCAGUUACUUUUGGAUUACUUUCCCAUUAAGAGGCAUUAGAAGAAGAUUAAAAGGAUCCAUCAAAUGCAUUUGGUGUGUCAUCAUAGUGGUCUCUGACUUGUGGUCAGACUCGCUCAGGUGGAACAAACUUAAACUUGUGAUUAUUUUUUUUCUUUCAAUGGUACAUUGAAUGUCAUUGAGAAAACAGAAAGGUGUCAUAAUGUAUUUUUACAUUUUAAAGUAAUCUAAGAAGUAAUCAUCUAGUUUUUCUAAAGUAUCUGUAAUCUGAUUACAAUAUUUUUGCUAACAAUGUAACUGAUUACAUGUAAUCAGUUACUCCCCAACCCUGAAGAUAUCUGACGCCUUUUGAAGCCCUUUGUUAGCUUGGUGCUGUAAGAUAUCUGACGCCUUUUGAAGCCCUUUGUCAGCUUGGUGCUGUAAGAUAUCUGACGCCUUUUGAAGCCCUUUGUCAGCUUGGUGCUGUAAGAUAUCUGACGCCUUUUGAAGCCCUUUGUCAGCUUGGUGCUGUAAGAUAUCUGACGCCUUUUGAAGCCCUUUGUCAGCUUGGUGCUGUAAGAUAUCUGACGCCUUUGAAGCCCUUUGUCAGCUUGGUGCUGUAAGAUAUCUGACGCCUUUUGAAGCCCUUUGUCAGCUUGGUGCUGUAAGAUAUCUGACGCCUUUUGAAGCCCUUUGUCAGCUUGGUGCUGUAAGAUAUCUGACGCCUUUUGAAGCCCUUUGUUAGCUUGGUGCUGUAAGAUAUCUGACGCCUUUUGAAGCCCUUUGUCAGCUUGGUGCUGUAAGAUAUCUGACGCCUUUUGAAGCCCUUUGUCAGCUUGGUGCUGUAAGAUAUCUGACGCCUUUUGAAGCCCUUUGUUAGCUUGGUGCUGUAAGAUAUCUGACGCCUAUUGAAGCCCUUUGUUAGCUUGGUGCUGUAAGAUAUCUGACGCCUUUUGAAGCCCUUUGUCAGCUUGGUGCUGUAAGAUAUCUGACGCCUAUUGAAGCCCUUUGUUAGCUUGGUGCUGUAAGAUAUCUGACGCCUAUUGAAGCCCUUUGUUAGCUUGGUGCUGUAAGAUAUCUGACGCCUAUUGAAGCCCUUUGUUAGCUUGGUGCUGUAAGAUAUCUGACGCCUAUUGAAGCCCUUUGUUAGCUUGGUGCUGUAAGAUAUCUGAUGCCUAUUGAAGUUCUCUGCUAGCUGUACAGAUAGGUAGAGUAGAGGCUUUAGAGGGUAGUUGGUGAGUGGGUCCACUCUAUGAACUCCUGCCCCAGUGGGCUGAUCUCUCCUCCCCUCCCUCUCAGACUGAACAUUGGAGCUGGCCUCUCCAGCGUGGCUAUUGUUGACUUACUGACUGACUCACUCUGGGAAGCACCAGGGGCGUGGAGGAAGAGAGGGGGCCUGAUAGGGCAAACAGUUACUGGUGCAUCUCAUCUCUCCAACUCCUUGUGUCUCCUUAUCGUAUCUCUCCAGUCCUCAGGCGAAUUUCCAGACAUGCAUCAUCUCUCCUUCAUUCUCUUGUUCUCUUGUUCUCUUUUUCUCUUGUUCUCUCUCAAUUCAAUUUCAAUUCAAGGGGCUUUAUUGGCAUGGGAAACAUAUGUUUACAUUGCCAAAGCAAGCGAAAUGGAUAAACAAAAUAAAAAAUUUAGAAUAAAGACAGUUCCAAAAGAAUAAAGACAUUUCAAAUGUCAUAUUAUGUCAAUAUACAGUGUUGUAAUGAUGUGCAAAUAGUUAAAGUAAAAAAGGGAAAAUAAAUCAACAUAAAUAUGGGUUGUAUUUACAAUGGUGUUUGUUGCCCUUUUCUUGUGGCAACAGGUCACACAUAUUGCUGCUGUGAGUGCACACUGUGGUAUUACACAGAUAUGGGAGUUUAUGAAAACUGGAUUUGUUUUCGAAUUCUUUGUGGGUCUGUGUAAUCUGAGGGAAAUGUGUGUCUCUAAUAUGGUCAUACAUUUGGCAGGAGGUUAGGAAGUGCAGCUGUUUCCACCUCAUUUUGUGGGCAGUGUGCACAUAGCCUGUCUUCUCUUGAGAGCCAGGUCUGCCUACGGCAACCUUUCUCAAUAGCAAGGCUAUGCUCACUGAGUCUGUACAUAGUCAAAGCUUUCCUUAUUUUUGGGUCAGUCACAGUGGUCAGGUAUUCUGCCAAUGUGUACUCUCUGUUUAGGGCCAAAUAGCAUUCUAGUUUGCUCUGUUUUUUUUGUUAAUUCUUUCCAAUGUGUCAAGUAAUUAUAUUUUUGUUUUCUCAUGAUUUGGUUGGGUCUAAUUGUGUUGCUGUCCUGGGGCUCUGUGGGGUAUGUUUGUGUUUGUGAACAGAGCCCCAGGACCAGCUUGCUUAGGGGACUCUUCUCCAGGUUAAUCUCUCUGUAGAUGAUGGCUUUGUUAUGGAAGGUUUGGGAAUCGUUUCCUUUUAGGUGAUUGUAGAAUUUAACGGCUCUUUUCUGGAUUUUGAUAAUUAGCGGGUAUCGGCCUAAUUCUGCUCUACAUGCAUUAUUUGGUGUUUUACGUUGUACACAGAGGAUAUUUUUGCAGAAUUCUGCAUGCAGUCUCAAUUUGGUGUUUGUCCCAUUUUUUGAAUUAUUGUUUGGUGAGUGGACCCCAUACCUCACAACCAUAAAGGGCAAUAGGUUCUAUAACUGAUUCAAGUAUUUUUAGCCAGAUCCUAAUUGUUAUGUCAAAUUUUAUGUUCCUUUUGAUGGCAUAGAAGGCCCUUCUUGCCUUGUCUCUCAGAUUGUUCACAACUUUGUGGAAGUUACCUGUGGCGCUGAUGUUUAGGCCAAGGUAUGUAUAGUUUUUUUGUGUGCUCUAGGGCAACGUUGUCUAGAUGGAAUUUGUAUUUGUUUUUUUUGGGCAAUUUUAACCGCACACUUGUUUGUGUACAUGGAUUUUAUAAUGUCGUAUGUUUUUCCCCAAACUCCACUUUCCAUCAAUUUGUAUAGCAGACCCUCAUGCCAAAUUGAGUCAACAAAGAAUGAGAAGACUUUGCCUUUGUUUUGUUUUGUUUGUUUGUCAAUUAGGGUGUGCAGGGUGAAUACGUGGUCUGUCGUACGGUAAUUUGGUAAAAAGCCAAUUUGACAUUUGCUCAGUACAUUGUUUUCACUGAGGAAAGUCUGCUGUUAAUGAUAAUGCAGAGGAUUUUCCCAAGGUUGCUGUUGACGCAUAUCCCAUGGUAGUUAUUGGGGUCAAAUUUGUCUCCACUUUUGUGGAUUGGGGUUAUCAGUGCUUGGUUCCAUAUAUUGGGGAAGAUGCCAGAGCUGAGGAUGAUGUUAAAGAAUAGCCAAUUGGAAUUUGUGGUCUAUAUUCUCUCUCUCUCUGAGAUAGGCCCUGUUUCUUGCCUAGAGUGUGCUGUACCACCCUGGCUGUAACUUUGGACCUUCCUGUCCCACAGUCCCCCAGAGCUCUUUGACUGCCUGUGACUGCCCUGCCUCCUACGGUGCUCAGGUGUCUGUGUUGAUUGAUAUGAGCACAGAUGGGAUUUUAGCCACAUGGGAUGGCCAUUGGCCAAGCUUUCACUAUUUUGUAACUAUCACCAGCUUAUUUGGGUGACUGCUUCUUGUUUUUCUUAGGGGAACAGACGAGGGGGAGGAUUGGCUUGUGGUUGGAUCCAAUUUCGAACAUUCUCUUUUAAAGGGCUCUGACAGGCAGGAGCACAGUUGUGGAACUUCAGAUUCUACAUCAGACUCUUUUCUAAUAUAUUUAGGGUGUUUCUAGAUAAUGUAUGAAUGGUCCAGUGUCAGGGGAAUUGCAUACAAACUUCUACACUACAGUAUAUCAGCAUUAUUACAUUAUCAUUCUCGGUUCUCUGUGUCCAACAGUGUUCCAAGAGAAGCCGGAAAUCCCUCCCACCCUGGCUCAGGCCCAGGCCAGGAACAUCCCGCCAGAGGAGUACUCCUACAUGGCCUCUAUCCUGAGACUGCUGCGUAACCUACCCUUCAUGCUCCUCGUCAUCAGCUAUGGUGGGUCCUAUUCACCCUCAAACCACACCCAUACUCCUAUUAUUUGAGAAAACAAAAAGCCAGGAUACCUAUGGCUGGUCAGAUCAAUAGAGGGUCAUUAUCAGUUUGUGCAGAGAUAUGUGAAUAUAUCUCUCACUAUAUUUUUAUAUUCAGGGCACUGUACAUGUGUACAUCUGAAGGUCUCUUAAAACAGUGAGGUUUGAGGAUUUGAAGUUUACCGUCAGAUUCUUAGGGUUGAAAGGUCACAAUCCUGUAGUUGAUGAUUAACUAAUUGAAGGUGUAAUGUAGCAUUACUAGUCCAUAAAAGUGUUCCCUCAGGUCAGCUCAGCCUGAUGACGUUUCUACUGAAUUGUUGGCUGCUGUGGCUGUGUCAUCUCAAUAUCAACGAUGACUUAAAUGCAGUUCAAUUUUUACAUAUGUCAUGCCCUCUAACGUCAAUUACAGUGACACCGGUGUUUGGAAAUAUGACGUUUUACUUGGUUAGAUUUGUAGUUUUUUUGUAAAUGUUUACAUUGUUUACCAUUUGAUGUGGCAACUUAGGAUGUUCAGAAAUAAGACAAAAACCUUAAGGGCAAAGCUGUCCAUACCAAAGAAAUAUGGAGUGACACGUCACAAUCUAUGCCAAAGUCAAAUAGUCUCUCCUGUAAGGGUUGGUGUGAGGUUUGACCCAGGUGCGGUGCAGGAUAGACAGUAGGCAGUUGGCAAGGAUGGUGAAACAAGGAUCUUUACUGGUGGUCCAAAAGCCAGGAUACAAAACAACAGACUAUACACGAAAACAAAUGAGGAGCACAUAGGUCUCCAAAAAACAGGCUGACAACAAACAAUAUGAAAUACUAACUCUUACUGGAAAAACACAAUGACACAGGGAGAACACUUCUUGAGUACCUGUAACUCCGUCACGUUGUCACGCUCGUCGGGAACAGAGGAGGACCAAGGCGCAGCGUUGAAUGCGAACAUAUUUAUUUAUAUAAUGAUCACACGAUCAAAAACAACAAAACGAUGACGUGAAAGUCAAUGGUCAAACACAAACCAACACGAACAAGAAACCACAAUGAAUGAAUGCCUAACGGCUACCUAAGUAUGACUCCCAAUCAGAGACAACGAGCUACAGCCGUCUCUGAUUGGGAGCCACCCUGGCCAACAUAGAUAUACCACAACUAGAACCAACACACAUGAAAACUCACACCCUGGCUCAACAUACUAGAGUCCCCAGAGCCAGGGCGUGACAGUACCCCCCCCUAAAGGCGCGGACUCCGACCGCGCCAACCAAAUACCACAGGGGAGGGACCGGGUGGGCCCUCCGCCUUGGCGGCGGAUCCGGCUCCGGGCAUGAUCCCCACUCGCUCUCUAACCCCCCAAAGUACCCCUGGUCCGGUCUGGCCCUGCUGACCGGAGCUGGACUGCACACUGGUGGAGCGGAUUGCUCUAGCUCCGGCGUGAAGCAGCUGACCCGUGCUGAACCAGGCACCAGUGGAACAGGCACGGGCUGUGCCGGACUGACGACGCACACCACUGGCUUGGUGUGGGGAGCAGGAACGGCCCGAGCCGGGCUGACGAAACGCACCCCUGACUUGGUGCGGGGAGCAGGAGCGGGCCGAACCGGGCUGACGAAGCGCACCACUGACUUGGUGCGGGGAGCAGGAACGGGCCGAGCCGGGCUGACGAAGCGCACCACUGACUUGGUGCGGGGAGCAGGAACGGGCCGAGCCGGGCUGACGAAGCGCACCACUGACUUGAUGCGGGGAGCAGGAACGGGCCGAGCCGGGCUGACGAAGCGCACCACUGACUUGGUGCGGGGAGCAGGAACGGGCCGAGCCGGGCUGACGAAGCGCACCACUGACUUGGUGCGGGGAGCAGGAACGGGCUGAGCCGGGCUGACGAAGCGCACCACUGACUUGGUGCGGGGAGCAGGAACGGGCCGAGCCGGGCUGACGAAGCGCACCAUUGGCCUGGUGCGGGGAGCAGGAACAGGCCGGACCGUACUGGGGACACACACCACUGGUCCUACGCAGGGAUCUGGAAUGGGCCGGACCGGACUGGUAACACACCCCAGUACCUCUCGCCGUGCCUCUACACCUUCCAUCCCCUCUUCGACCAGUGGCCCCCGUAACCUGGCGGCCUCCUCUGCCAACCCGCUGGGCCGCUCUGCCGCGGUCUCCUGCUGGCCCAUCGUCCACGGCGUUAGCCCCCCCCCUAAAAAAUGUCUGGGCGUCUCUCCUACCCGUGGACCAGGUCUCCAUGUCCCUCGCCAGCCUUUCGCCCUUCUGCCUCCAUGUCAAGCCCUUCUCUUCCUCACCCGGCUUGACCCAGUCGAGGAGGCGAAGGAGAUCUGCUAGAGAUCUCCCUGGCGAUGGCUCCUGGACACGCUGCUUGGUCCAGUCUUGGUGGUUUCUUCUGUCACGCUCAUCGGGAACAGAGGAGGACCAAGGCGCAGCGUUGAAUGCAAACAUAUUUAUUUAUAUAAUGAUCACACGAUCAAAAACAACAAAACGAUGACGUGACAGUCAAUGGUCAAACACAAACCAACACGAACAAGAAACCACAAUGAAUGAAUGCCUAACGGCUACCUAAGUAUGACUCCCAAUCAGAGACAACGAGCUACAGCCGUCUCUGAUUGGGAGCCACCCUGGCCAACAUAGAUAUACCACAACUAGAACCAACACACAUGAAAACUCACACCCUGGCUCAACAUACUAGAGUCCCCAGAGCCAGGGCGUGACACACGUGCUCCGACACUUAUACGUUCUGCUUGACAUCAAGGAACUAUAAGAGAAAACUGAGCAAGGGAACACAGGGAAGUGAGGGCAUAAAUACACAGGUGAAUCAGAUAGCCACAGGUGACACCAAUAGGCAGAUAAUUAGUCCCAACUGUGAGUGAGGUGCCUAUGGUUAUCGGAGGAACUGCGACCCACUCCUGUAACACUCUCUCUUGCACUAGUGUAGUAGUAGACUGUCUAAGGGCCAGGUAUGGGUUCCAUGUGUGUGUCUGCCAGGCUUCCUUUAGGACAGGGCCAGUGAAACCCAAACACAGUGUCCCAUGUGAAUCCCCCUGCUCUCCCUGCAGGCCUCCUCGCUCAGACUAAAUAAAGACCUGCUCCUCUGCAGACUACAGAACGUACAUGUUUCUUUAUGUUUUCUGCAGGGCUGAAUGUCGGUUGUUUCUACGCUGUUUCCACACUGCUGAACCGGAUGAUUAUUGAGCAUUAUCCAGUAAGUCACACCACAAAUCUUAACACAACCAAGUCCCUCUGUGUCACUGGCCAUGACCUGCAGUUAUUGCCACACAUAUUCAAAUUAAGAUAUUGAGAUGUUCCUUCCCCAAAUAAGUACAAUAUUUAAAUGUGUAGUCUAUAAUUCAGGGUAUUUUCUAAAGACACUUAAACUGACAAUUCUAUAGUACCGAAAAAUAUAACUGGGAUCAAAAAGAUAACUAGUAUCAUGGUGUAGCAAGUCAGCUCACCCCAGAUAAAAUAACUGAAGGGUGUGAGAGGGUUAGGAUGUCUAAUGUUUAACUGCAGAAUUAUGCCUAAAGACAAAUUCUGUAAUUUUCACCUUCCCUGAAGGGUGAAGAGGUGAAUGCUGGGAGAAUUGGCCUCACCAUUGUUAUUGCUGGGAUGGUGGGGUCCAUCAUAUGUGGGAUCUGGUUGGACAAGACCAAAACCUACAAGUAAGAUACUCUUCUCCCUCCUAGGACUGAACAUUUGAGAGUACCCAAGAAAGACUUAACUGAAAAAACCCACACAUUAUUACAUCAGCAUUAUGCUCCUAGAUACAGCUCUUUUUUGUGACUUUGAUAUCUCAGUGGCUCUUUCUUAGAACUAAGUAACUGAAUAAGGUAACAUACACAAGGUCCCCAGUCCCAACCUAAGACACAUGUCAUAACAUCAUAAUAGUGUGGCUGUAGCUGGUUGCUGACAAGGCUGCUGACUCUAAUCUUUAAUCUGAUGACACAAGAAGAUUCCCAGGAAUUGUCAUGAUCCUCUGAAGCUUUUUGUUCAAGCUCUGUAAUCAAGUCAGUCAACCGAACACUCUUUAUGUAGAUAACAUUUUCUCUGUUUUCUGCCGCCAUCAGACUCCUCUAACAAAUUGUACUAUUAUGUGUGUUUUUUCACGUUAUUUGUAAUUUAUUCUGUACAUAAUGUUUCUGACACCGUCUCUUAUGACCAAAAAGAGCUUCUGGAUAUCAGGACAGCGAUUACUCACAUUGAAUUGGACGAAGAUUUUUUCUUCAACGAGUCGGACGCAAAGGAUAUUCUACAGACGCCCGACAAGGCCCAAAUCGCCGUCAUUCGCAUGGGAAAGAGACGGUGAUAUCGUAGAUGUAGGUCGGGGUGCCUUGUAAGGAUCUGACGGCGAGCGAGUAAACUGCCUCUUCCAUCAAUCCUAUUAGCCAAUGUUCAAUCAUUUGAAAAUAAAUUGGACGACCUAAGAUUAAGGUUAUCCUACCAACAGGAUUUUAAAAACUGUAAUAUCUUAUGUUUCACCGAGUCGUGGCUGAACAACGACAUGGAUAACAUACAGUGGGGAAACAUAGCAUUUAGUCAGCCACCAAUUGUGCAAGUUCUCCCACUUAAAAAGAUGAGAGAGGCCUGUAAUUUUAAUCAUAGGUACAUGUCAACUAUGACAGACAAAAUGAGGGAAAAAAAUCCAGAAAAUCACAUUGUAGGAUUUUUAAUGAAUUUAUUUGCAAAUUAUGGUUAUUUGGUCAAUAAAAAAAGUUUCUCAGUACUUUGUUAUAUACCCUUUGUUGGCAAUGAAACAGGUCAAACGUUUUCUGUAAGUCUUCACAAGGUUUUCACACACUGUUGCUGGUAUUUUGGCCCAUUCCUCCAUGCAGAUCUCCUCUAGAGCAGUGAUGUUUUGGGGCUGUCGCUGUGCAACACGGACUUUCAACUCCCUCCAAAGAUUUUCUAUGGGAUUGAGAUCUGGAGACUGGCUAGGCCACUCCAGGACCUUGAAAUGCUUCUUACGAAGCCACUCCUUCGUUGCCCGGGCGGUGUGUUUGGGAUCAUUGUCAUGCUGAAAGACCCAGCCACGUUUCAUCUUCAAUGCCCUUGCUGAUGGAAGGAGGUUUUCACUCAAAAUCUCACGAUACAUGGCCCCAUUCAUUCUUUCCUUUACACGGAUCAGUCGUCCUGGUCCCUUUGCAGAAAAACAGCCCCAAAGCAUGAUGUUUCCACCCCCAUGCUUCACAGUAGGUAUGGUGUUCAUUGGAUGCAACUCAGCAUUCUUUGUCCUCCAAACACGACGAGUUGAGUUUUUACCAAAAAGUUAUAUUUUGGUUUCAUCUGACCAUAUGACAUUCUCCCAAUCCUCUUCUGGAUCAUCCAAAUGCACUCUAGCAAACUUCAGACGGGCCUGGACAUGUACUGGCUUAAGCAGGGGGACACGUCUGGCACUGCAGGAUUUGAGUCCCUGGCGGCGUAGUGUGUUACUGAUGGUAGGCUUUGUUACUUUGGUCCCAGCUCUCUGCAGGUCAUUCACUAGAUCCCCCCGUGUGGUUCUGGGAUUUUUGCUCACCGUUCUUGUGAUCAUUUUGACCCCACGGGGUGAGAUCUUGCGUGGAGCCCCAGAUCGAGGGAGAUUAUCAGUGGUCUUGUAUGUCUUCCAUUUCCUAAUAAUUGCUCCCACAGUUGAUUUCCUCAAACCAAGCUGCUUACCUAUUGCAGAUUCAGUCUUCCCAGCCUGGUGCAGGUCUACAAUUUUGUUUCUGGUGUCCUUUGACAGCUCUUUGGUCUUGGCCAUAGUGGAGUUUGGAGUGUGACUGUUUGAGGUUGUGGACAGGUGUCUUUUGAUACUGAUAACAAGUUCAAACAGGUGCCAUUAAUACAGGUAACGAGUGGAGGACAGAGGAGCCUCUUAAAGAAGAAGUUACAGGUCUGUGAGAGCCAGAAAUCUUGCUUGUUUGUAGGUGACCAAAUACUUAUUUUCCACCAUAAUUUGCAAAUAAAUUCAUAAAAAAUCCUACAAUGUGAUUUUCUGGAUUUUUUUUCCUCAAUUUGUCUGUCAUAGUUGACGUGUACCUAUGAUGAAAAUUACAGGCCUCUCUCAUCUUUUUAAGUGGGAGAACUUGCACAAUUGGUGGCUGACUAAAUACUUUUUUUCCCCACUGUACAGCUGGCAGGAUAUACGCUACAUCGGCAGGAUAGAAUGUCUGACUCCGGUAAGACAAGGGGUGGCGGUCUGUGUAUAUUUGUAAACAACAGCUGGUGCAUAAAAUCUAAUACUAAGGAAGUCUCAAGGUUUUGCUCGCCUGAGGUAGAGUAUCUCAUGAUAAGCUGUAGAUCACACUAUUUACCAAGAGAGUUUUCAUCUAUAUUUUUCGUAGCUGUUUAUUUACCACCACAAACCAAUGCUGGCACUAAGAUUGCACUCAAUUAGCUGUAUAAAGCCACAAGUAAACAGGAAAACUCUCAUCCAGAGGCAGCGCUCCUAGUGGCCGGGGACUUUAAUGCAGGGAAACUUAAAUCCGUUCUACCUAAUUUCUACCAGCAUGUUAAAUGUGCAACCAGAGGGGAAAAAAACUCUAGACCACCUUUACUCCACACACAGAGACGCGUACAAAGCUCUCCCUCGCCCUCCAUUUCGCAAAUCUGACCAUAACUCUAUCCUUCUGAUUCCUGCUUAUAAGCAAAAACUAAAGCAGGAAGCACCAGUGACUCGGUUAAUAAGGAAGUGGUCAGAUGACGCAGAUGCUAAGCUAUAGGACUGUUUUGCUAGCACAAACUGGAAUAUGUUCCGGGAUUCUUCCAAUAGCAUUGAGGAGUACACCACAUCAGUCACUGGCUUCAUCAAUAAGUGCAUCGAUGACGUCGUCCCCACAGUGACUGUACGUACAUACCACAACCAGAAGCUAUGGAUUACCGGCAACAUCCACACUGAGCUAAAGGGUAGAGCUGCUGCUUUCAAGGAGCGGGACUCUAACCCGGACGCUUAUAAGAAAUCCUGCUAUGCCCUCCGACGAACCAUCAAACAGGCAAAGAGUCAAUACAGGACUAAGAUUGAAUCGUAAUACAACGGCUCUGAUGCUCGUCGGAUGUGGCAGGGCUUGAAAACUAUUACAGACUACAAAGGGAAGCACAGCCGCGAGCUGCCCAGUGACACAAGCCUACCAGACGAGCUAAAUCACUUCUAUGCUCGCUUCGAGGCAAGCAACACUGAAGCAUGCAUGAGAGCAUCAGCUGUUCUGGAUGACUAUGUGAUCAUGCUCUCCGUAGCCGAUGUGAGUAAGACUUUUAAGCAGGUCAACAUUCACAGACGGAUUACCAGGACGUGUACUCCGAGCAUGCGCUGACCAACUGGCAAGUGUCUUCACUGACAUUUUCAACAUGUCCCUGACUGAGUCUGUAAUACCAACAUGUUUCAAGCAGACCACCAUAGUCCCUGUGCCCAAGAACACUAAGAUAACCUGCCUAAAAGUGCUUUGAAAGGCUGGUCAUGGCUCACAUCAACACCAUUAUCCCAGAAACCCUAGACCCACUCCAAUUUGCAUACCACCCCAGCAGAUCCACAGAUGAUGCAAUCUCUAUUGCACUCCACACUGCCCUUUCCUACCUAGACAAGAGGAACACCUACGUGAGAAUGCUAUUCAUUGACUACAGCUCAGCGUUCAACACCAUAGUGCCCUCAAAGCUCAUCACUAAGCUAAGGACCCUGGGACUAAACACCUCCCUCUGCAACUGGAUCCUGGACUUCCUGACGGGCCGCCCCCCAUGUGGUAAGGGUAGGUAACAACACAUCUGCCACGCUGAUCCUCAACACGGGGGCCCCUCAGGGGUGAGUGCUCAUUCCCCUCCUGUACUCCCUGUUCACCCGUGAUUGCAUGGCCAGGCACGACUCCAACACCAUCAUUAAGUUUGCAGACAACACAAAAGUGGUAGGCCUGAUCACCGACAACGAGGAGACAGCCUAUAGGGAGGAGGUCAGAGACCUGGCAGUGUGGUACCAGGAUAACAAACUUUCCCUGAACGUGAUCAAGACAAAGGAGAUGAUUGUGGACUACAGGAAAAAAAAGAGGACUAAGCACAGCCCUAUUCUCAUCGACGGGGCUGUAGUGGAACAGGUUGAGAGCUUCAAGUUCCUUGGUGUCCACAUCACCAACAAACUAUCAUGGACAAACACACCAAGACAGUCGUGAAAAGGGCACGACAAAGCCCCUAUUCUCUCUAAGGAGACUGAAAAGAUUUGGCAUGGGUCCUCAGAUCCUCAAAAAGUUAUACAGCUGCACCAUCGAGAGCAUCCUGACUGGUUGCAUCACCGCCUGGUAUGGCAACUGCUCGGCCUCUGACCGCAAGGCACUACAGAGGGUAGUGCGUACUGCCCAGUACAUCACUGGGGCCAAGCUUCCUGCCAUCCAGGACCUCUAUACCAGGCGGUGUCAGAGGAAGGCCCUAAAAAUUGUCAAAGACUCCAGCCACCCUAGUCAUAGACUGUUCUCUCUGCUACCGCACGGCAAGCGGUACCGGAGCGCCAAGUCUACGUCCAAAAGGCUUCUUAACAGCUUCUACCCCCAAGCCAUAAGACUCCUGAACAGCUAAUCAUGGCUACCCGGACUAUUUGCAUUGCCCCACUACCCCACCCCACCCCACCACAACCCCCUAUUUUACGCUGCUGCUACUAUUAUUUAUGCAUAGUCACUUUAACUCUACCCACAUGUAUAUAUCACCUCAAUUACCUCGACUAACCGGUGCCCCCGCACAUUGACUGUACCGGUACCCCCUGUAUAUAGCCUCUCUACUGUUAUUUUAUUUUACUGCUGCUCUUUAACUAUUUGUCAUUUUCUAUUUUUUACUUAUCUAUUUUUUACUUAACUUAUUUUCUUAAAAAAUUUUACAUUUACAUUUAGCAGACGCUCUUAUCCAUACUGGCCCCACGUGGGAAUCGAACCCACAACCCUGGCGUUGCAAGCGCCAUGCUCUACCAACUGAGCUACAGGAAACCCAUUCCAUGAAGCUCCCGAAGAUCAGUUCUUGUGCUGACGUUGCUUCCAGAGGCAGUUUGGAACUCCGUAGUGAGUGUUGCAACCGAGGACAGACGAUUUUUACGUGCUACGCGCUUCAGCACUCGGCAGUCCCGUUCUGUGAACUUGUGUGGCCUACCACUUCACAAUAACAGCACUUACAGCAGCUCUAGCAGGGCAGAAAUUUGAUGAACUGACUUGUUGGAAAGGUGGCAUCCUAUUACGGUGCCCCGUUGAAAGUCACUGAGCUCUUAAGUACGGGCCAUUCUACUGCCAAUGUUUGUCUAUGGAGAUUGCAUGGCGGUGUGCUCGAUUUUAUACACCUGUCAGCAACGGGUGUGGCUGAAAUAACCGAAUCCACUCAUUUGAAGGGGUGUCCACAUUAUUUUGUAUAUAAGCUUUUGUAUAUAUAGUGUAUAGGUUCAUAAAAACCACACAAGCAAAAACAAUGUUACGAACAAAUACAUUCAAUUUCAUUACUCCUGUUGUAUUUGGCGCAUGUGGCAAAUACAAUUUGAUUUGAUUUGAUUAGUAUGUAUAUAUUGAACUUGAAGGAAGCAAGGAUGUGGUUCAUGUAAGUCACUUAUCCAAAACUCUAUUUGUUUGCAUUGCUGGAAUUGGUCCAUGUUGGAAGAGGUUUAGUAACUGCUGAUGAGUCAUCUUUGAGAACUUUUACCCUGUUAAUUAGUGAUUAAAAGGUGAUUUGUGGAAACGAUUGUGUACAGUCUAGUUAAUACUGCUCUCAUGCUCAAGCAGUAGCCAGACUCACUGUAUCUACCUAAGCUUACUCUUAAGUCUUAUACACGGUAUCCCAAUAUCUUAUCCUUUGUCAAAAAUAUCCAUAGCUUGAAAAGGUAACAAUCAGUAAUGUUGUGAUACUCUCAUGAGCACCGGGUUAUAAAAAAGUAAACCCAAUAUGAUAUUGGAUGGGCUGGGCUCUUGCACACAACAGCCUCUCUCAUUAGUCACACUAAAGAAAGCACUUUCUGCAUGAAUGUCUUUUAAAUCUCCUAUUCAAAGGCAGGCUCGUAGGUGGAUUAAGUAUUUUUGUUGGAAGUGGGAACCACUGAGGUUCUGGAGGAACUGAUUGUGGUAUCUGAUGUGUCUCCCUGCAUACAGUGCCUUCAGAAAGUAUUCAGACCCCUUGACUUUUUCCACAUUUUGUUAGGUUAAAGCCUUAUUCAAAAAUCUACACACAAUACCCCAUAAUUAAAAAGCAAAAAAAAGUAUUCAGACCCUUUACUCAGUACUUUGUUGAAGCACCUUUAGCAGCGAUUACAGCCUCGAGUCUUCUUGGGUAUGACGCUACAAGCUUGGCACACCUGUAUUUGGGGUGUUUCUCCCAUUCUUCUCUGCAUAUCCUCUCAAGCUCUGUCAGGUUGGAUGGGGAGCGUUGCUGCACAGCUAUUUUGAGAUCUCUUCAGAGAUGUUCGAUCGGGUUCAAGUCCGGUCUCUGGCUGGGCCACUCAAGGACAUUCAGAGACUUAUCCCGAAGCCGCUCUGGCGUUAUCUUGGCUGUGUGCUUAGGGUCGUUGUCCUGUUGGAAGGUAAACCUUCACCCCAGUCUGAGGUCCUGAGCACUCUGGAGCAGGUUUUCAUCAAGGAUCUCUCUGUACUUUGCUCUGUUCAUCUUUGCCUCGAUCCUGACUGGUCUCCCAGUCCCUGCCACUGAAAAACAUCACAACAGCAUGAUGCUGCCACCACAAUGCUUCACCAUAGGGAUGGUGCCAGGUUUCCUCCAGAUGUGACACUUGGCAUUCAGGCCAAAGAAUUCAAUCUUAGUUUAAUCGGACCAGAGAAUCUUGUUUCUCAUGGUCUGAGAGUCCUUUAGGUGCCGUUUGGCAAACUCCAAGCGGGCCUUCAUGUGUCUUUUACUGAGGAGUGGCUUCCGUCUGACCACUCCACCAUAAAGGCCCGAUUGGUGGAGUGCAGCAGAAAUGGUUGUCCUUCUGGAAGGUUCUCCCAUCUCCACAGAAGAACUCUGGAGCUCUGUCAGAGUGACCAUCGGGUUCUUGGUCACCUCCCUGACCAAGGCCCUUCUCCCCCGAUUGCUCAGUUUGGCCGGGCGGCCAGCUCUAGGAAGAGUCUUGGUGGUUCCAAACUUCUUCCAUUUAAGAAUGAUGGAGGCCACUGUGUUCUUGGGGACCUUCAAUGCUGCAGACAUUUUUUGGUACCCUUCCCCAGAUCUGUGCCUCGACAAAAUCAUAUCUCGGAGCUCUACGGACAGUUCCUUCGACCUCAUGGCUUGGUCUUUCCUCUGACAUGCACUGUCAACUGUGGGACCUUAUAUAGACAGGUGUGUGCCUUUCCAAAUCAUGUCCAAUCAAUUGAAUUUACCACAGGUGGACUCCAAUCAAGUUGUAGAAACAUCUCAAGGAUGAUCAAUGGAAACAGGAUGCACCUGAGCUCAAUUUCGAGUCUCAUAGCGAAGGGUCUGAAUACUUAUGUAAAUAAGGUAUUUCUGGAUUUUUUCGCUUUGUCAUUAUGGGGUAUUGUGUGUAGAUUGCUGAGAAAAAAAAAAAAAAAUGAGAAUAAGGCUGUAACGUAACAAAAUGUGGAAAAGGGGUCUGAAUACUUUCCGAAGGCACUGUAUCUAAGCUGACAGGCUUCAUCCAAGCCUCCUGGCCUGAUGGAAUGGCAGCUCCAUAGACAUCAUUCAGACAUCUGCACAGACAAUAAUGUCUAAUUAUGUCCGUUUGACCUUUCUAUUUGUUUAGGUCAAAUAACACAGGCUGUUGUUUCUCACCACAGACCAGCCAUUCAUCAACACAUUCUGACCUGAUCUUGAACAAACAAUGAAUCAAAAUCAAAUCAAAUCAAAUUUUAUUUGCCACAUGCGCCGAAUACAACAGGUGCAAACCUUACAGUGAAAUGCUUACUUACAAGCCCUUAACCAACAAUGCAGUUUUAAGAAAAAUAAGGGUUAAGUAAAAAAGAGAUAAGUAAAAAAUAAGAAAAUAACAAAUAAUUAAAGAGCAGCAGUAAAAUAAAACAGUAGGGAAGCUAUAUACAGGGGGUACCGGUACAGAGUCAGUGUGCGGGGGUACAGGAAUCAUCUAUGUGGUUCAGUAGUAGCUGACACCCAAUUUUACACAUUUGGGAAUAACAACUGCAGUGCCAAUACCAAGUGUUUACCUGCCAACCUAACCCCCUAACCCUCACUUCACCUAGCUGUCUAAAACACAAUCAUUCUUCACAUGCCAUUUGAAUAUAUUCAGCCAAAGCAGUCAACCCAGAUUUCUGUUGUUGACAUACCUCCAUGUGUGAGAGUCACAGGACUAAGUUGUAUUAACAACAACUGCUGAGUGGAGCAAUGUUUCACAUGUGGUUGUACAGGAAGAGCUUCACCAUAGUCAGCCUGUUGGUGUAGGCCAGAAUAUGCCGGAGUAAUGCUAAGGGGGACUUAGGAAUCUUGUUUUUCCUCUCAUAAAGAAUGGGAUGGGAGGUGUUGACAGUGAAGCCACAGCCAGCCUCAUCCAACAGUGCUGCAUGCCAAUUGAGAACUGGAACUUGUUGCUGGUGCUGUGUGUAGGUCCCACAGGCAGUAUUGCCCCUAGCCUGCCUGUGGGAAGUUUCAGGACUGGAACUUUUGUGGCCAUGUUAUGUAAAAGCCAUAUCCAGAUGAGAUAAAAACAUUGCAGACUCAUUCAAAUCCUAUAUGGGGUAUACAAUAUUGAGCAAGGCAUCAAAUAAAGUUAGAACAUUUUAAUUUACACAAAUAUAAAGUAGAUUUCAUACAGGCGAAAGCAGGACAAAACAAACAAAUAUUAUUUCCCUCUCUCCCCAGGCAGACUACUCUGGCUGUGUAUCUCCUGUCCUUUGUGGGAAUGGUGGUCUAUGCCUUCACCCUGAACUUAGGCCACCUAUGGGUGGUGUUUGUGACAUCAGCGGCCCUAGGGUAAGAGUGAACAAACACUGUGACUAAACACAAUGAUGUUUGUGAAUGAUUUGCAUAUCCUAGCUAUUACACCUCUAGCAUGUCAGUUGUAAGAAGGGGUGGACUAGACCUUCUUUUCUGGUCACACUGCAGGAACACUGUAUGCUAUUUACAUUACAAACUGCCUCCUUGCUCUUUAAACAGCCACUCUGUGAGAAGAGACAGACAAUAUCUUGAGACGCUGAUUAGUUGUGUUAAAAGACAAUUUAAUGUAAAGCUCAUUUUAAUGAUUUUGUGCAACAUUCAUUAUUUUACCUUGGAGUUCAAUAAGUAUUUUAUCAUUUGUUAAUUGAUGUAUAAAGGAGAUGACCAAGAGCUGAAGGUUUAAAGGGUAUGCUAGGUAAUGGCCUCAGAGGACAUUUGAUUGUGGAGUUGAUUUUCUCUCAGCCCAGUCAGCAGGCAUGAAAUGUUAAAGUGCUGCUCUUUAGCUCAAGUAACAACAACACUGAUAAACCUCCUAUGUAUUCAGGUUCUUCAUGACUGGGUACCUGCCGCUUGGCUUUGAGUUUGCUGUGGAGCUGACCUUCCCAGAGUGUGAGGGCACCUCCUCAGGACUCCUCAACUGUUCAGCUCAGGUAACAGGGACCAUACUAAUGACAGCAUUGAAAGGUUUGUUGUAUGCAUGAGUUCUACUGUAUGUAUGAAUGUGUUCAGAGAUGAUCAACUCUCAUGCUGACUCCCCUCAUUUGCCCUCCAUCUUCUUCCAGAUAUUUGGGAUCAUAUUCACCAUCAGUCAAGGGAAGAUCAUAGACCACUUUGGCACAUUCGCUGGGAACAUCUUUUUAUGUGUCUUCCUCCUCAUAGGGACCAUUAUGACAGGUAGAGUUCCCCCCCCCCCCCCCCCCCCCCCCCCCCCCCAACACACACACACACAGAUUAUAGCCCUGUUUCGCAAUAACAGAGCAGCUCUACAGUAGAUUGAACAUUGGACUCAUCUGCCUGCAGUUGUUAUAGUGAAGCAUAGUGACAUGUUAUGUGAUCCACAUUAUAUGGGGCUUUAGUAGUGCAUGACUCCUCAGACAAUUGUGUCAGUCAAGCAGUAGCUCAGCUGGUAGAGCACGGCACUUGUAACGCCAAGGUAGUGGGUUCGAUCCCCGGGACCACCCAUACACAAAAAAAAAAUGUAUGCACGCAUGACUGUAAGUCGCUUUGGAUAAAAGCGUCUGCUAAAUGGCAUAUUUAUUUUUUAAUUUUUAUGUAACAGCUGUGUCUAAGAAUCAUCAUGGAGUAAUAAUGCCCUCUAGUGGCUCAUAGUGAUCAUGAUGAAAAUGAACACAUUUUCUACACACAGUAGGACAUUUCCCACAUUGUUUCAGAAGCUAUACAUGCCCUGUGUAUUCCUAAAUAUCGGUUUCUGAGAAGUGCCUUUCCUCUCUCUAAAUCGUACAGCAUUCAUCAAGUCUGACCUCCGACGGCAAAAGGCCAACCAUCUGGCUGAGACUCAGGCGGCGAGUGUAAGUGUAUCUGUUUCUGCUAUUUGGUGUCAGCGGUGGGAUCUCUGCAUUCCAGUUAAAGGGAAUGUGUCGGAUACUUCCCCUGGCUGAUGCUCCAUUCAAUGGACUAUUCUAGUUAGCUGCUUCUCUGGGGCUGGGUUCAUCUUGCUUGCUGUGGAGUGGACACAGGGGUCACAGGCGUCACACACCACCAUGCUUUUCCUCAGCUUUCUGAAAACAACUCAGGUGUUUCUGAAAGCAUGACUCUGCACCCGCUGUCAGCUCUCCAGCUCGCUGUAUUUGAUUGCAUGCCUUGCUGGUGUUUGAUACAGAAUGUAUGCUUGAGAAGUUUCUGUUUCAUUCAACACGCACACCUGUUUUACAAAGAUGCCUUUUGUCACAGAUUAUUAUGACUACAGUUUGCAGAGCUAUAGAAAGCUAUCCCACAAUAUCAGGGUGAAUUAUCAUUCUGGUUUAUCUGGAGUAUAAAACAACAAUAAUAUUACAUCACGCUGUAGUUUACAAUAGGCAAUUGCACUCAUUUGGCAGCAAAAUAAAUCAUAUAAAAAUGGCUUGCUCACUCAAUAUAAAAUUGAAUUCUCUCAAACAAAAUGAGCUUUAAUUAUAUAAUAGAUUCAUAAUAAACUUCAGGCUCAACUCACCAGUGGUCAGGGAUGAUCAGAUGUUCAAGAUCAACUUUAAAUCAUUAACAAUACUCUCAUACUGUACCUAACACAUCCAUUCUGCUCAGCGCUUGUAUUCUUUCUAUUAUGAGAAUAUUGCUAUCACCUCUUUUAUCUCAAUGCAGGUUGGGAGCUUUACUCACUUCAUUUAUGCAAAACUAUAAUAAUCCCAUCAAUACUUCUCUUAAUAUUUGAAACCAGUGCAAUGUCCCUUGUCUCCAGUAACAGUGCCAAGAGAAUUCAAGAUCAUUUUCUCUCAUUUACAUUUUUAAUUUAUGUUGAAAAUGGGAUGCAUGUUAGUCACAGUAAGUAGCAUUUUAUUAGUGAAAAAGAAAGCUUCGAUUUUUUUCUAAGUCUGAAGAGUCUAAAUAUUACACAAUGUUCCUGCUUAAUCCAUAAUCCUUUACAAACCCACUCCAGCUUUUUGUCAUAUCAUUUCCACCCCCCGUCCUCAUUAAGAGGAGGAUCUCUCUAGAGGCAGGCGGAGUGUUGGAGUUAGAGGACAGUGUUAUGGGAGGGUCUGGUAAGGGCAGAGGGAUUAUGGUGAUGGUGAUGGGGGAUGAUGGCGGUGGUGAUUCCCUAGCUGUUGUUCCAGGCUGCAGGCUCCCCAUCUCGGGUACAGGACUACGGGGCCACAGCACCCAGCAACCCCCAGGAGCAGCAGUCCUGACACUAACCUCACUAAAACCCAAACACACACCUGCCAAGGUAGGGGCAUCAAGUCUUUGAGGUUAUAUCACACAAGAAAAAUGCUGCAGCUGUACAGUACUGUACAAAAUGCAAUCAUAAAGAGCACUGGUAUUGGUGAUGUGUUGAGAUCUCCCAUUGGAAGAUGAACACAUCAAACAAUUAAUUUACUAAAUAUUUUCAAAAUACUGUAGUCUAUAACCCACCUCAAUAAGGUGAA